AUGACGAUGAAAAGUGUCAAUAAGGAUACAGAGUGGUUUUCCCCCGAAGAAUUGGCUGAUGCACGUGAGGAAUAUCUACAAGAACAAGAAAAAGAACAGCCGUCACCUCAGGUCAAAAUGCGAUAUGCUAUUGCAUUGGCAAAAAGUCACAAGCGUGAUGACAAAUAUCGUGCAAUUGGAUUACUAGAAGAUCUAUUGGAACAAACUUAUGCUCCCAAGGAAAGUUUAUAUUGGAUUGCAUUGACGUUAUGUGGACUAGGCGAGUAUCGUGCUAGUCGCACGUACUGCGAACGUUUGCUCCAGAUUGAACCAUCACACAUGAAAGCUCAAUUACUACACGAAAGGAUCAAAGAGGUUGUUGCAAAAGAAGAUGGAGUGGUAGGCGUGGGUAUUGUUGGUGCAGUGGUCGUGGCAGGCCUGGCACUCAAGUUUUUGUUUAAAAGAUAA